AUGGCGCAACGCCAAAAAGACAUCGAAGAAGCCUACGAAUUGCAGUGGGAUUCCGGGAAAGGUUCGCACCACCCAGAUUACAAGCCAGAGUCGAAAGGGAAAGACGUACACAAAGCCUCUCGGGAAACCGAGGAGUUAUUGAUGGCUUUGAUAAAAAACGACGUGAAGUUGGUGUAUAAGAAAAUCGAGGAAGGCGCGGAUGUGAAUUUUGAGUUUGGGAGAGCGUACGGGUCGAAAGAAGGGUACACGCCUUUAAUGUGCGCGUGCCACAGAGGUCGAUUGGAAGCGACAAAGGCCUUGUUACGGUCCGGAGCCGAUCCGAACUACAAAAAUCACGUCGGCGAUUUGACGUUGUUUUGGGCCAUCGACGGCGGACCGGAGAUGGUAAAGAUUUUGUAUGAGUACGGCGCAGAUUUGGACGCGAGGACGGAGAAAGAUUGGACACCGUUAUCGUACGCGAAAGCGAUGGGUAAAUACGGUCUCGUAGAUGAGAAAGGGAUUUAUCCAGAAGACGUUUUGAAGUAUUACGGGGCGACGGUGUACGGGUCGGAGCCGAGGUCGUUCGGCGUGAGAUCGCCGAGGGAGUCCUAUAACCCGGCGGCGGAUAACUUUGCGAGAGAUCGUGGAUCGUACCAAAGAGAACCAGAAGCGCCGUAA